AUGUCACAUCGUGGUAUUGUUCAUGAAUCUCGUCAACAACAACAAGAUGAGAGGCGACUUCCUUUUCACUUGUCUGAUAAUGAAUUGUUGUGCAAAAACCAAUGUGGCUUUUACGGCACCCCACAAUGCAAAGGACUUUGUUCUCAAUGCUGGAAGAAUUAUCAACUCGAAAAUAAACGCUUGUAUGACUACAACAAAAACAAAGAAUUGUUGAGGAAGGAAACGACUGAAAGAAAUAUUGCUAGCAAAACUUCUGAUGUUAGGCAAACUUUUCGAACGCUUUUGAAAAAGUCGCCUUCGGUAUUUUCAAUUUUGUUUUUAAUUUUUCUUUAA